UUUACGUUUGGAAAAUGGCGGACGAGGAGUUACCUACCGGUUGGGAAAAACGUUUGAGCCGUUCUACCGGCCAACACUAUUACUUAAACGUAUAUACAAAAGAGUCCCAGUGGGAUGUCCCGGACAAGCCUGCAGAACCCGUCUCCUCUAGUGGACCUGAACAAGUUCAAUGCUCACAUUUGUUGGUCAAACAUAAGGACUCACGUCGGCCUUCGUCUUGGAGAGAAGAAAAUAUUACAAGGGCUAAAGAAGAGGCCUUGGAUUUAGUAAAAUCAUACCGAGAACAGAUCGUUCAAGGCAAAGCCUCCUUCGCAGAGUUAGCUUCCCGGUACUCGGAUUGCUCCUCGGCAAAGCGGGGAGGUGACCUGGGACCUUUCGGUAAAGGCGCCAUGCAGAAACCCUUCGAAGAGGCCGCUUUUAGUCUGAAGGUGGGCGAAUUGUCAGAUCCAGUUUUCACCGACUCGGGCGUACACAUUAUCCUACGUACCGUUUAAUUACGCUAAGCAUUAAUCUUCCCGUUACAAGAAAGUCUUGCUGAUCGAUAUUUAUGACGCCUACAUAAAAUACCAACUUGGUUCUUUAUUUUAUCGUAAGACUUUUUAGGACUUAGCCUUUACUGCAACUAUCUUUAAGUGUUAUAUAUUUAAAUUCGGAGACUAAAAUAGUUUAUGUUGUUUCUUUUGUAUAAAUCAUGCACAAUAUAAGAACUUGUCAC